ACUUGAUUCUGCACUCUGUGGUUGGACAUCUGUGCUGUGUACAGAAUCUAACACACUUUCUCAAGAACAAGACUAUAAAUAACAUAAUUUAAAGAAUCUUUUCGCGAUCCUUUUAAAUUUCGCGUAUUUACUAAAAUAAUUUUUUUAAUUAAUAUAAAUUAUUAAAAAUAAAGUGUGGUAACAAAAAAUAUUGCUAACACUGCGCAAUACUAGACAGAACCAACAAGCAUUUUUCGCUUUGUUGAUUCAGGUUGCGCACUAGAAAAAAACGAAAAAUACCUUCAAAGGUGCCACCGUGGAUAACGUCAAACUAAAUGACAAUUAUAUAACAAUAACAUAACACAGGUUCUCAAAUGGAUUUUAUGCAAUUGAAAAUUAAAAUGAUUUUUCUAAAGACAAUUUUCGUUAUAUGUUUAUCGCUUCAUUACGUUGUAACAGCCGAACCAGAGUACACUGUACACAGAGGAUCCAUUAAAUACGAUGGCGUAAAACCCGAAAUUUUGCCAUUUCAACAACAUCGGCUCCGUCGAGAUGCUAGUACCUACGCCGUCUCAUCUGAAGCAGCUCUCGUUACUAGUACCCUCAGUACGGUAACUAGCGAAUCCAAUUAUGUACCGAAUGUUACCGCUGCCACAACCAAUGCAACUGAAGCUACCUCCGCGCCGUCGGUUGUGGUGACAAAGAUACCGCUACUCGGGGUCAACGGUUCUGGUGUACUACAUGUGAACGUAACCGGUAACACGCCCAAAGUUAGCGACCCCAUACUCCCAGAUGACAAUUUCCCGAAUAUCUUCAAAGAAACACCCGAAACUAUCAAGGCCGAACAGAACUUGACAUCAUUAAACUAUGACAAUCACGCCUUCUACAACAGUUCUUUUAUCGGAAACGUGACGUAUUUCCAAGAAUACUGGGCAAAUAUCACAGAACCCAAGUCGGAGGUACACAGCGUCCUUAGCGACUCACAUCGGCGGGCAACUACUAUAAAGCUGAGUUUCGAUUUUCCGUUCUACGGUCACGUCGUUCGCAAUAUAACAGUUGCUACGGGCGGUUUCCUGUACACCGGGGACCACGUACACAACUGGCUGGCCGCGACACAGUACAUAGCGCCGCUGAUGGCUAACUUCGACACAACCAUCACCAACGACAGCCUCGUCAAGAUGCAUGACGACGGUGAGAAGUUCAGCGUGUUCUGGGAAAAGGCGACACUUCAAGAGGAUCAUACAAAGAAAUUCACUUUCGCUGUUACACUUUAUAAUAACGGUGACAUCAUAUUUGCUUACAAAGACAUACCGAUACCCGUACAGAAAAUAAACGAUGUGGAACAUCCAGUUAAAGUCGGAAUAAGUGAUGCUUACCUCAACGAUAAAAUAUUAUUCUACGUCCGCCGUAAGACCAUCUACGAGUAUCACAGAAUAUCGUUCAUGACCCACGAGAUAACAAACAACACUAUAUUGAAGCUGAUAGCGUUACCAACGUGCCUCGAGUACAACACUUGCAGCGACUGUCUCAACCACAACACCGGAUUCAAUUGUCUAUGGUGCGAAAAACUCCAGAAGUGUUCCAGUGGUACAGAUCGGAAUAAACAAGAUUGGCUGCUAAGAAAUUGUGAAAAGUUCAAUAUAUCUUCGGUGCAAUCCUGUCCAGCCAGCCCUCAUGUAGACCAGCCCGCGGGUAGUAACACGGCUUACGAGACUGAUUCAAAAGAUAAUAAUACAGACACCGCUGUACUAACCGACGAUAAUACCGAGGCUCGUGUGACGGCGCGGAGGGCCCAGGAGGUUCAUACUACAGAGGCGAGGUCGCCCGUGGGCGGGGUGGUGGCAGCUUUCCUCGCCGUGGCCUUAGUCUGCAGUCUCGUGAGCUGGGCCUUGUACGCCUUCAAGAAUCCCCACACACGUUCCGGACAACUCCUCAUCAAGUAUCGUCCCUCGCAAUGGAACUGGCGCAGGGGUGAGGCUCGCUACACCGCCGCUACAAUACACAUGUAACAUGAACAGAGUAACGCUAACUACACAACCUUAACACUACUUCCCAUACAAAUAAUGUGAGAAGGUAUACAUACAACCACAUUACAUCUAUUGAUAUAUAAAAAUAAUAAUGUUUUAGAAAUUAUUUUUACAAAUGUUGGGACUUACAAAAAUUUAACUGUUAAUAGUCGGGGGGUUGUUACGUAACUAUAUCAUUGUUGCUGUGUAUUUUAACUUACUUAUUGAAGGUUGUUGGUAAUGAAUCGUCCGAAGACCAAGCUUUGCCACUUGGUAUUCUUAUAAGCCUUAUAAUCAUCAAUAUUGUCCAUAUAUUAUAUAUAAGUAUGCUUAAGAAAAAUUGCUGCACUGUUGCCGCUCGCUUACACUUAUAUAUGUGUUUUGGUGCUUCGUAUUGGCAGCAUUAUGUACUUUAAUAUAAAAACUUUAUGUAACUUAAAUGGCAGUAUAAAAAAUUUAAAACAUAUUUUAUAAGAGAAUGUAUUUUUAUAAUUUUACAAUGUUUUAUACUAGUUAAAAAGAAUUGUAAUUUCUGUAACAUAUGUAACACAUUACUUAAGACGUUCGGGACGUAGUGCGAAUAACGAGAAAUUGUUUAGAUCUUGCUCAAUUUGUUAAAAAAUAUAUAUAUUUUACAUAGACAAGGUAAAAAAAAAUGUAACAAAUGAAUUUGUAAAUUGGCACCGCUAUAUUGCACCGAAGUGCCUUAGAUAUUCCGUAAGACGUGUCUAAAUCUCCGUCCCUGUUUACCGUAGUAUAGAGAAAAAAAAAUAUUUAAGUGAAAUAUAGCGUAAGUUGACAAAAUUGUAUGACGUUUUUGUCUGUGUGAUUAAAAAAAAAACUAAUUCCAUUUUAUCUUCCAGUUUUAAAGAAUAAAAAUGUUAAAAACUAUCAGUGAUAUAUAUAGGAACAUAUCUAUUAAGAUACAUUCGGCUCCGCUUACUUGUGAAGACUAUAGUUUUAAUAUUAAGAUAUAAAUAUAUAUUUUAAAAUAUCCAUUUAAUGGAUGUUUACAUGGAAUCUCCACAACGUCUUACGGAACUCGACACACUAUAUAAUCACUUAAAUUCUUAAACGAUAUCAUUAAUACUUAAGUUAAUAAAAAAAUGAAUGAAUAUUAGAGUGAUAUUAUGUGUUAAAUAUAUUAUUAUGGAUAUUGUAACUGUAUUUUACUUGGGGUGCACUUUAUAUAUUAGCAGCAUAAUAUAUCAGUAAUAACAAAGCACGCCAAAGAACCUUAGACGAAUGUUAAAAAAUUCAUCAAAAUGCACUUUUUUAAUAGCAUAUAUACUUUAAUGGUCCAAAUUAUAAUGUUUGGCUUUUGUAUUUUAUUUUUUUCGAUCGUAUUUUCAAGAUAAACGUGGUCCUUACUUAAAUUUAUAUUUUAAAUCAAUUUAAACAUAUAUAUAUAUGUAUACAUACCCUAAAUGCUUAUACCUUAGGGACCAAUUAUGAUUUCUUAAUAAAAAAUGUGCCGUUAAAUCAA